UAAUGCACCAUACUAUUUCAAAAUGGCGCAGCAGAGAUCGUCACUUUCUCACUUUCUGAGGAAACUCGGAGAGCUUGUCCUCACAAGAUUUCCAUUUUUCUGUGCCCUCGCAUUUACAAUGCUGUGCAGUGAAAGGGAGUCUAGUAGAAGACCGGAGGGGUAUCCUCAUACUGUUAUCUACGUUCAUUUAGCUCUACUCAUCCUUGAGGGCAGUAUGAUGUCAUUUGCAACUCAGAGAUCCUUAUUUGCCUUGAUGUGCGCCAUUCAAGCAGCCGUUAUGAUGUUGGUUACUCACACAAGCCCCAGCUUACGCUUCAAACCGUGGCUCAUGAUUCGAAUGUUAUCAAGGGAUAUUGGUGUCAUCGGAACAUACCUGAUUAUUGCAAGUCGUUCACACGAGGAGCUUAGCCGGCGAUAUCGUCUGACAAAGUUGUACCCCAUUGGACGGAGCUUCCUUGCAUCUUAUUUCAUAGUCUUGGCUUUCCAGUUGAAUCAAGAAGUGAUCGAGCAAAAGGCCUUUAUUCAUCGAGUUCCGGGUGGUCUCGCUGUAGUCUCGCUAUUCUGCAUUAUUUGUUUGAUAUCCAGCUUCAUGUUAAUGUCCGAGAUGAAAGUUAAAACAACUGCACAGAUUCUUCUGGUGUUGCUUCUAAUUAUCAUCGUUUUCGUGGAUUUGGAUUUUAAAUAUUGGCAGGGGAAGAAAGUGGAAUAUUGGAAUCAAAUAACAAUUGUUGGAAAUGACGUUUGUAUGCUGGCUAUGUUGUUUAUGCUAGCUGUAUGACACUGGAACAUGAUUUAUCUACCCUAUGCAACUAGACUAACAACUAUUGUCUUCACAGUUCACAAAUAUUCUCAACUGAAAUUUGUCAUUUUGCACGAGUAGUGUAGAUUUAAUGGUGUUAAUGGUAAUGGACAUUAAUAAUUUUAGUUUGUGGGUCAAAGCAUUGAUACAGUAUUUUGUUACAUACAGAUGUUUGUAAUUAUUGAACAAAAUAAAAUGUGCUAGGGCAUGUUUAAAUUUAGCUGACAAAAAGAGAACAAGCUUGAUAAUUUAUUUAUUUUCACAAUGAGUGAUUUGAGUCGUUUUGAAAACAUUACGCGCUCUUUUUGUAUACAAAAGACAAAAUGCUUAGUUAACUGUCUCAGUGCUCUUGAAAUGGUCCACAAAAACAUGGUAUAAUACUGAAUUAAACGACAACUCUCUGUUUAUUGUAAUGAUUUUAUUUAUCUAAAACGAAUCUUGGUAAAACUGUCAAAAAAUAUUGUAAUAAAAAAAUUAAAAUGCACAAAAUAAAAUAAUUACAAGACAAAUGUUUGCCUACUUUGUUUUUUAUGCGCGUGUAACAAAAUCAAACUUAGUAUACAGACUGGUAAUUAUCCUUAAUGUCAAAAAGACUGAGACAACUAAACACACGUACAGCGAAUCACUAGUCUAGAGUGGUUGCGGACUUACCAGGUAACAGUGCUCUCAGAAUUGUGCUCAUGCUCAGAACUACGAAAACAAUGGAAGUUUACCUGGUAAGUUUGCUGCCACCUAGCGUUUGAAAAUCUCCCAUUGACUUAUCACCUCGAUAUGAGUGUUAAUUUCCAUUCCCUUUCGCCCCUCUAAGGGCCUUGGGUCAAAUAAACAUUGGUUUGUAACCCUCGGAGGCUCACGUGAACCGUCACAUAGGGGGUUUUCCCCACCACAUUUAAAACGCACAUAAAAUACUUGAAAUCUAAAAUAGUACAUUUCAUCCUCUUUCAUAGGUUCCUUAUGUACAAUAUGGAUUACAAAACAAGGCACAUGAUAAUAAAUGUGAUUCAUAACCAUCAAUAGAGUAUGAUCUAUAAAAAUAUAUACAUACAUCAUCAAACCUGUAUGGUUUAAAUGGAAAUGGAAUGUAAACGUUUGGUAUUGUUUAGAAGCCUACGUCGUCAGCUUUCGAGAGUAUAUUAUUUGAAGCAAUUUGAGAAUCAUUUCACUUCAAAGGAAGCAAUGUGGUUAUGUUCAAAGAUAUAAGUUUUUGCACCACAACUUGAAUCUGAGGCUACGGUAACGUUUCUCAGAUUGUGAAUUACAUUUGUAGAUUAUUCUUCGUUCGUGGACAAUAACCGCUCCAGAUUUUCGGCGUUAUCUCAAAAACGCUUCCACCUCUUGAGAUUAAAUUUUCACUGGUUAAGGGUUUUAUCUGCAACUAUAUAGGACUGUAAAAACAAAGAGUGGGUUCAACUUACCAAACGUAUACAAUUCCUCUAAAUACAAAACGUAAAAGCAGUGUUACCGAUUUCCAAAACAAGCGGGUCAUCUUAAUCCCUAAAAUGCAAUGGGUGUGUCAAUAGUGUGAUUGUCUGAGUAUAAUUUGGGCUAAAGAAUAUGAUGCUUGUAUGAAAUAUUAUUUUCAAAAGUGACGUGGUUUUCGAGAAAAAAAAGGAAUUUUCCACGAAUUUGAUUUCGAGAC